ACGAUUUGAUAGAAGGAUACAGAACGGUUGCUCCUUGUGGAAAUGAAUAUAAAGAACAGCGAAAACAAGUGGAUCUGAAUUCACAUGGGACUCACCACAACCAGAAAACGUUGCUUUCUUCUGUGGUAAGCAUAACAGUUGUUGAUACUGCUGCAUAGUCAAGUCAUAGAGAGAGAAAUACAUUUAGAGAGAGAGAGAGAGAGAGAGAGAGAGGGAGAGAGCAAAUCGGAGCAUGGCGGAGCUCCGUCACUCCUCCUCACUCGGCAGCCGAGCGUCGUCUUCUCCGAUGAAGAGAGACGGCGUCGGCGAUUCCUCGCCUCUCAUUUCUGACAAUCACCACGCCGACGACGAGCACGAUCGCCACUCUUCUAAGGAACGCGACCGUCAUCUAUGCUCCUUCUUCACCGACGACCCUAGGGCUUCUCCUCACAACUCCAGGAUCUCUCUCGUUUUCACCUUGCUUCUUCUCCUCGUUGGUUUAUUUUCCGUAUUCACAAUCCUCCAUAAACUCAAUGCGCCUUACUUGUGUAAAAAAGACGGGAUUGUUCUUCAUUGCCCACACGUUAAAGAAUCACCAUCUCUUUGGGAAAAUCCUUUCUCAUCCACGACAUCUUGGAAGCCCUGUGCUGAGCGCCGGGAUGGUGUAAUAUCAGAACUUCCUCCUGAAAAUGAAACAAAUGGCUAUAUAUUCAUCCAUGCUGAAGGUGGUCUAAAUCAGCAAAGAAUUGCGAUAUGCAAUGCAGUGGCUGUGGCAAAAAUAAUGAAUGCCACUCUUAUUUUGCCUGUAUUGAAGCAGGAUCAGAUUUGGAAAGAUCAAACGAAAUUUGAAGAUAUUUUUGAUGUGGAUCACUUCAUUGACUACCUGAAGUAUGAUGUUCGUAUUGUGCGUGAUAUCCCAGAAUGGUUUACUGAUAAAACAGAGCUAUUUUCUAGUAUAAGACGGACUGUAAAAAACAUUCCAAAAUAUGCACCUGCACAAUUUUACAUCGACAACGUUCUGCCCAGAAUCAAGGAGAAGAAAAUUAUGGCUCUGAAACCUUUUGUUGAUAGGCUGGGAUAUGAUAAUGUUCCUCCGGAAAUCAACAAAUUGAGGUGUAGAGUUAAUUAUCAUGCUCUGAAAUUUCUUCCUGAUAUAGAGCAGAUGGCUGAUCUGCUAGCUUCAAGGAUGAGAAACCGAACAGGCAGUUCAAAUCCUUAUAUGGCUCUGCAUCUUAGAUUCGAGAAAGGAAUGGUGGGCCUAUCAUUCUGUGAUUUUGUGGGGACUAGAGAUGAGAAAGCUAAAAUGGCAGAGUACAGAAAAAAGGAAUGGCCUCGACGGUACAAGAAUGGCUCCCACCUGUGGCAGUUGGCUCUGCAGAAGCGUAAGGAAGGACGAUGUCCUCUGGAACCUGGAGAAGUGGCAGUAAUUCUUCGGGCUAUGGGCUAUCCAAAGGAAACACAAAUUUAUGUAGCUUCUGGACAAGUGUAUGGUGGACAGAACAGGAUGGCUCCACUGAGAAAUAUGUUCCCUAAUCUGGUUACGAAGGAGGAGUUGGCAACUAAAGAGGAGUUAGAUGGUUUCAGAAAGCAUGUGACGAGCCUAGCAGCUCUUGAUUUCUUGGUGUGCUUGAAGUCAGAUGUAUUCGUGAUGACCCAUGGAGGCAACUUUGCUAAGCUAAUCAUUGGGGCCCGUAGAUACAUGGGUCACCGUCUAAAAUCAAUUAAACCUGACAAAGGACUGAUGUCCAAGUCUUUUGGUGACCCAUACAUGGGUUGGGCUACUUUUGUAGAAGAUGUUGUUGUCACUCACCAGACACGGACGGGAUUGCCAGAAGAGACUUUCCCUAACUACGAUCUCUGGGAGAACCCUCUUACUCCUUGUAUGUGUAGAGCCUGAUUAGAUUACAGCAAUUUCAUUGGUGACAAUGCGACAUUACUCAAGAUACAUUUCCAAGAAACAUGAAUUCUAUCUAUCCCAGGGUGGAAAAAUCUUGGUCUGCGGUUGAGGUAUGAGGACGGUAAAUAGAAAUUUGGAAUAGAGAUAAUGGCUUGCAGGAAGUGAUACUCGUCUGUUGAUUAUCAUUUUAAUGAACAGAUUUCCUAUUUUGAGUAUUCUCUUUGCCGAGACACCAGGUGGAAGUUUUGUUUUUCAUCUAACAUGUAGGGAUUCCUCGCUCACUUUUCUUCCUCCUGGAAAGAAAUUGAUAUUUUUUGUACUGAGAUAAAUGUGCAAAUCAUUAAUGGAUUACGUGUUAACUUUGUUCUUUCGUUUGGAACUUCUGUUGAUAGUGAAUUUUUUAAGCUCUGUGAAAACUCCGUUGUGAACUUGUGAUGUCUUGGAAAUCCCACAAAGUCGGUUUCAAAUCUGUACACAAACAGGUGUUGCUGGGUUUCAUUGUGACAUUUAUGAUGAAUAAUGAGCGAACGAGCCCUUGGCUGCGAAAGAUUAGUUCGAUUAGCUUUUUUUCUGUCGGGUCAUGUUUGACUAGGCUUUCAAGAUCUGGAGAAGUGUUUUGUUACAAGUGUAAAUGGUUAAUCAUAUCCGAUUCUGAAGAAAAAAUCUGUGCUGUUUUAACAAGGGCCCAAAAACUAUAUGGGCAAGCCUGAUGAUAUUUUAAUGAGAGGCCCAUGGGAGUGCGACGUCUGUAGCUAUAUUCCUCUGUUAUUAAAUUAAAUCUAAGGAAUAUGAUUCUUGUGUUG